CAGACUCUAUACGCGUCGGCUUUCUUCAUAACAAGUAGCCAUCGCAAUCCCUCAAUUCACCAUCGUGACAAAAUUUCUCUGCUGUCCAGUCCUAGCGCCAGCCUAGAGACUGCCGCCUGAGAAAAUCGUCACCGUUCCUAUCACCGCUCGCCCCCCACUAUUCCGACCUUCCUCCUCCAUCUCGCGAUCGAACAAACACAUUCAGCUUGCCUACCGCCCACCAUGGCUGAUCUCGCAAGCCGUAUCACGAACCCCAACGAAGCGGCCACCGAUGCGCCUGCUGAGGCCGCCCCUGCUGCUGCUCCCGCUGCCGAAGAGGCUGGCCAGACCGAUGGCACCGUCGAGGAACUCGGUGGCUCUGGCCUCCAGGAGCCUGAAUGGGACGUCGAGGUCUCCCUGAGCGAGCUUCAGGACAAUGAGGCUACGCCUUUUCACUCCGCCACCACUUGGCAGGAUCUCGGACUCCCCGAGGACAUUCUCAAGGGCCUCCUCUCCCUGAACUUCCUGAAGCCUUCCAAGGUCCAGGGCAAGUCCCUACCUCUGAUGCUCAGCAAUCCCCCACGAAACAUGCUGGCGCAGUCCCAGUCUGGUACCGGCAAGACGGCUGCAUUCGUCACUGCGAUAUUGUCGCGCGUCGACUUCAGCAGACCUGACCAGCCCCAGGCCCUUGCUCUUGCGCCCAGUCGUGAGCUUGCCCGUCAGAUCGAGGGUGUCGUCAAUGCGAUCGGCCGUUUCAUCCAGGACCUCAAGGUUGCUGCCGCCAUUCCUGGAGCCCUACCCCGUGGUGAACCAGUCCGAGCUAGUGUCAUCGUUGGAACCCCGGGUACGGUCAUGGACAUCAUCCGGCGCAGACAGCUGGAUGUCUCUCAGCUUCGGGUUCUUGUGCUGGACGAGGCCGACAACAUGCUGGAUCAGCAGGGACUUGGCGAUCAGUGCUUGAGAGUCAAGAACAUGCUGCCCAAGGAGAUCCAGGUCCUCCUCUUUUCCGCCACAUUCCCCGAGAAUGUCAUGAAAUAUGCCGGCAAGUUUGCGCCUAACGCUCACAGCCUCAAGUUGCAGCGUAGCGAGCUCACUGUCAAGGGCAUCUCUCAGAUGUUCAUUGACUGCCCCGAUAAUGACAUCAAAUACGAUAUUCUCUGCAAGCUUUACGGCCUGAUGACCAUCGGUCAGUCCGUCAUUUUCGUCAAGACUCGAGAGAGCGCCAACGAGAUUCAGCGACGUAUGACCGCGGAUGGUCACAAGGUCUCUGCCCUUCAUGCCGCUUUCGAUGGCUCUGAGCGAGACGAGCUUCUGUCCAAGUUCCGCCAGGGAGAGAACAAGGUUCUCAUCACCACCAAUGUCUUGGCCCGUGGUAUCGACGUUUCGAGUGUCUCCAUGGUCAUCAACUACGACAUCCCCAUGAAGGGACGAGGUGAUAGCGAGCCUGAUGCUGAGACAUACCUGCACCGUAUCGGCCGAACUGGUCGAUUUGGACGUGUCGGUGUCAGUAUUAGCUUCGUCUACGACAAGAAGAGUUUCGGUGCGUUGAGCCAGAUCGCUGCCAAUUAUGGCAUCGACCUGGUCAAGCUCGACACUGACGACUGGGAUGAGGCCGAGGAUCGAGUCAAGGAAGUCAUCAAGAAGAAUAGAGCUCAGGCUUCCUACGCACCCAGUGCGACUGAACCCAAGGCGGCUCCUGCUGCUCCUGCUGCUCCCGCGGCCAGCUAGGAGCCUGCGCCUGCCUGGGAGUGGCCCGCGUUGGGGGUUCGCUACAAAAUGGGAUACAAUGGAAUGAAUCCCGACGUCAAGGUUGAUAUGGGCUGAGCCACAAUGGAAGGGAUCGAAACAAGACGAGGCGAGGCGAAACUAUUCGCAAUGGGAUGUAACAAGCAACCAUGUACCUUUUUUGGGCUGCUAGCAGCGAACUACGGGGAGUGAAAAUGUCCCUGAUGACGAUGGAGGACAGGUGGAUGAGGAUGGACUUAGCUACCCUGUGUCUGUAACAUUGCAGGCACAUGAUGAGAUACCAAAGAGAAAAGCUAACAUUUGCCC